AGCAGGGAUUGAUUGAAAAUGAAUUUUAUGGAUUAGUUGUGAUAAUUUUAGUAUAUGGAUACAGCCACUUGUUAAUAGAAAAGUCAUGAACAAAGUUGACCUAAAUUGAAAAUGAGGUCAUCUAACCGAAGUCCGCCACCUCCAUACUCUCCAUAUCCUGGUGCUUGUGACUCCCAGUGCCACUAUCACCACAGUGGGCAGCCGCGCCAGUCUCCUUUUGAGCCUCUGCACCUCCUCCCUGGUGAUGUCAACCAUCAGCAUGUGUGUCACCAUAGAAUGACUCAUGAAGCACACUUCCAACCAACAUCUCAGUCAAGUGAUGACAAUUUCAGCCAGAUUUACUCGACAAUGCAUUGUGAUGCUGUCUCCUCAACCAGCACCACCAGCAACCUGCCUAUGAGUGGCUGCAACUUUUCCAACAACCAUUCACCACAAAAUGGCUAUAACAACCCACCAAGCAACCUAUUACAUGGCAAUAACUGUGCUAAUCCAUCUGAGAACUUUAACAAUGAAACAAUUGGCAUGUUAAAUAAUUACCAUGCCCGUUGGUAUAGAAAAUAUUGUAACUAUCGAGUGCCUGCAGUGGUUGUAUUUGGUGUGGUUGCAGCCGUGUUCUCAGUAACAUACCUGUAUAUGGUUGUAGUCUACCGGUUGCAACCCAGCCCUGUGGUUGAUGAAGCUUUUCACAUCCCACAAGCACAAAAAUAUUGCAGUGGCAAAUUUGAUGAGUGGGACCCGAAGCUCACAACAUUACCUGGCUUGUACCUCUUCAGCAUUGGGAUCACUGGACCCAUAUCCUGGAUACUUGGCAAGGGAGAUGGAAAGAUGUCAGGUGCUGGCAAAAUGAAUUCAGACCCAGAAUUAAUUGUUGACCCUGGCGACCAAAAUUUAUUUGGCAGCCCUGAUGAUAAGUUUAUUGGGUCCAACAACCUCAAUGAAGAUGAUAAUGGCCAAUUUAUUAAAAGUGACAAAACAAUUUUCAAGGAUAAGGAUGUAGUGAAGAAUAAAGAUGUGUCAGAAUCAGGUGAAGAUGACACGAUCUGCAGUGUAUUGAUGUUGCGUCUUGUAAACGUGCUUGUUGCACCGUGUAUCCUCCUCACUCUACACAGCUUAAUGUGCUUCAUGCAUGGCACACAGAGUAGUGAGUGGUCCUGCCUUGGAGCCUCAGUAUCGAUGGUUCUCCUACCUCCUCUCUUCUGGUUCUACUCGCUGUACUACACAGAACCACUCUCCACGAUGCUGGUGCUCAUCAUGGUACUUCUCUUCUGCCACAAAAACCAUAACAUGGCCGCUGCUAUUGGGGCCGUGAGCAUCCUCGCCCGUCAGACGAACAUCGUGUGGGUGUUGCUGUUGCUGCUGCUGCGUGCAGUGGACGCGUCCCUAGCCCUCCUACAGGAGUCCUUCUGCCCUCCUCUGCACACCCUGCACACCAAACAGCAAUUCCUGAUGUUCGCGCGGCGCAUUGAGACGCUGGUCCGCGCAGGGCCAGCGUGCGUGGUGCGCUUCGUGGUGCAGCUGGUGCGUGCAUGUCUGUCCUACGUGUUGCUUAUGGUCGCUUUCGCCGUCUUCGCGUGCGUCAACGGCGGCCUCGUGGUGGGCGACAGAACCGCCCACCAGCCCACUCUCCACCUCAUGCAGAUGUUCUACUUCUGCUUGUUCUACGUGCUGUUCUCGCCGCUGCUUGCGCUCAACCACUUCCUGCCGUUCGUGUCCCGCUGCUGCGCAAAUCCUAAGACCACCGCCCUGGCGCUCAUCACAGUGCUGAGUGUGGUGCACUACAACACGCUGGUGCACCCGUAUCUACUGGCAGACAACCGUCACUACACAUUCUACUUAUGGAACCGUUUCUACGGACCCAACAUCUACUUUAGAUACUUGAUUUCUCCCAUCUACAUGUACGGAGCAUACCUCAUUUGGUACGUGAGUUUAGCUCAACGGUCUAACGUGUUCAAGAUGAUCUACGUGUUUUGUGUUGCACUCUGCCUCGUGCCGCAGAAGUUACUCGAGCCGCGCUACUUCAUCCUGCCUUUCAUCAUCGCUCGCAUCCAGAACAGCCCUAACUUCGGCUUUAAUAAUCUCGAUGCUUCAGAUGGAGAUUCCGCCAGUGCCCGUUUUCCCUGCCUACAAGGGGAAAGUUCAACGAGAAUUCCCUCUGAAGGAGCAAGAACGGGAGCCCAUUUGAAUAGAAUGACUGGAAGUCACUCUAGAGUGGACUUUAAUUCCGCCAGACAUCUUUCUGGUCGGGAUGGCUUCAGAGGAGCGCCCCUCUGCCGGCAAUCAGGGACCUCAUCCACCAGAGGAGUUGGUAGAAAUUCCAACUAUCGCGGGCACUUUAAAAACUUGUAUUGUUGCUGGUACUUUAUGCAUGGUAUCUUGAAGUACCUGCGAGGCAAGGUACGCAGCAUCGUCAAAUACAUGCCAGUAGCGCACAUUGGCUGGGAGUUCCUCUACUAUCUGACCAUCAACCUGGCGACGCUCGCCAUCUUUGCCACCAAGACGUUCUGGUGGAAAGACUUCGCUGAGCCCCAGAGAAUAAUGUGGUGAAUGUGGCAGGAGUUGGGGUCCAUUUGGUGAAUGUGGCAUGAGUUGGGGGGGGGUCAAUUUGGUGUAUUUGAAAUGAGUUUGAGUGGAUUGAUGUGGUGAAUAGGGUACGAACUGGAGGUUAAUGUGGUGAAUGUGGCAUAAAUUGGGGAUUGACUUUGUGAACGUGAGUAUAAAAUGCUGACACUGUAUGGGUAAGUGGUUAAACUGACUCCAACCGAGUCUGGAGAUUAUUUGUAAGAAAGCUAAUAAGUUCCAAGAGGAUAUCGUUGGGAAUUAAAACUUCAAUAUCCAUUUAAAUUGGAAAAUUCUGGACAAAAUACCCACAGCAGCACGCACCCCCAUUGUCCCGAGCUUGACGUAAUUGUAGCUACAGGCGCAGAUUCAUUACAGUAGCCUGGUUCGUAGGCUGUAUUUGUCUUAUUCGGGUGAAUAGCAAUCAAAUACUUAGUAGAGUAUGGGUUAGAAAUUACUGUGUUGUACAAAUGUUGUAUGUCUCCGUGAGUGUUAGGACGCCAUUCUACAGGCAGCUGAAUGUAGAAUUCAUAUUCAAUAUAGUAUUUUAAUCAUUUAUUUGUAUUGCAUUUAUUUAUCGAGUAAGCUUUUGAUUUUUGUUGCUUAAUUGGUUAACCAGAAUUUCCGAUUGGUGCAAUUUUUUAUGGCGUAGCUAAAUAAGACAUUCGUGUACUCCCCUCUUUUCAGACAUGAACUCCCGCAUUCCUCCAUCAGACAUGCACUCGCUUGUAAAUGUCUGGUUGUAACAUUUUAUCCGUACUCAGUAACGCGUUGCAACACUAAUUAGCACUCAGUAUUGGUGUUGCUAUUAUCACCGGUAUCUUAUGAACCGGUAUCUUAGCUGACUUGUGUUGCUAUUGUCGACAGGUGUCUUAGCUGACUUGUGUUGCGAUUAUUGACAGGUAUCUUAGCCGACCUAAGAAACCGACCAAAGAGACAUUACGCAUGCAGUGGUUUUGUGUUAAUUUUGAUCAAUCGUGUUUCUUGACGUGAAGUUUUUUCUGAAACUGUGUAGCUCGAUAAGAUUCCGCACGAGUCGUAAGUUGACGUUUACUCUAAGGUGUGCGUAUUUGCCGUCUGUUUCGAUGUCAUGACCUUGAUGAAUUGUAAAGCUGGUUAUCCACUGCUUCCUUUUCUUGCUUAAAUUGACAGACUUGAUACAUCAACAAGUGUUUGCUGCCAGGAUACAUCACGUGUACAUCACGUAAGUUGAGACUCAUGAUGCUUUUUUAUGCAUUACGUGAUCAUCGCAGUUCCUGCUGCACCCGCAUGGUUCAAGGGUUGGCGCCAUUUGCCCUAUCGAGUAACAUUUUAAGCUGACAUGUACCGUGAGUUACAGUAGAUUUUCAUUGUUAAGGAGACAUUGGUAGUAAUGUGUUAGCUUAGAUUUUCUUCACUAGUCAACUAGUUAGUCACCAUCCCCGCAUUGUUUUAUAGCGAUGUAAUCUAAAUACAGAAGUGACUAGUUGAGGAAACACUGUCAAGACGGAUAAACUGAAAUAGCAUUUAAAAUAUUCUAUGGAUAUAAUAAAGGCACGCACUUUGCGAUAUCAAGAUUUUGCGCAGAUGAACCAUUUUAUAAUAUAUAUAAUUCUAAAGAUGCAUGCCUGCAUUACUAGCAAGUAGCAAUGUUUUCGUGCAAUCAAACUUGUGAGCGUUCGUCGUGAUGUUCUUUUUCACUUACUUUCGUACCUUCCUUCAUCGGUUUCUGAAUACAAAAGAUGAUCA